AUGUCUUCCUCCACAGACUACGUAAAAGACGAUCAUCCAGAUCAGAUCGUCGCCUCCAAUGGCACGCGCAAAGAGACCUGGGCGGCCAAGGGUCGUGACUUCGUCAAGGCAUUCACUACGAGAGAUGGACUGGUCGGCACAUACGACUAUGCAUUCCUCUUCACCCCGAAGCUGCCUUUCAUGAAGAGAGAGCGACGAGCAGCGCCAUUCUUCGGUCUCAACGACCGCAUGCCGGUCUUGCUGGCCCUUUUGCUUGGAUUUCAGCACGCUCUGGCUAUGCUUGCGGGUAUCAUCACACCGCCAAUCAUUCUCUCCGGCGCGGCGAACUUGGGUGGUGACCUUCAAUCGUAUCUCGUGAGCACGGCGCUCAUCGUGUGUGGAUGUCUCUCGGCUAUCCAGAUCACUCGAUUCCAUAUCUGGAAGUCUCCCUACUACAUCGGCACUGGCUUGAUCUCCGUUGUUGGAGUAUCUUUCAGCACCAUUCCUGUGGCUACUGGUGCGCUCAGUCAGAUGUACGAACGCGGAGUGUGCCCUACCGACGCCGAUGGGAAUCAACUCCCUUGCCCUCAUGGUUAUGGUAUGAUCAUCGCGACUCAAUGCUGCUGCGCAUUGCUGCAAGUCGCGCUGUCCUUUGUGCCUCCGAAGAUCUUGAAGAGAGUAUUCCCACCCCUCGUUACUGGUCCGACCGUUCUCCUCAUCGGCGCAAAGCUCAUCGAGACUGGAUUUCAGAACUGGGCUGGUGGAUCUGGUGACUGUCAAUCGCGACCAGAGACUGGUCUUUACAGGCUCUGCCCAACAAUAAACGCUCCGCAUCCCCUGCCUUGGGGAAGUGCCGAGUUCGUUGGUCUCGGCUUCCUGGUCUUUGUCACUAUCAUUCUAUGCGAGAGAUUCGGUGCUCCAAUCAUGAAGAGUUGCUCUGUCGUCCUGGGCCUUCUCAUGGGAUGCAUCGUUGCAGCGGCUUGCGGGUACUUCGACAAGUCUGGAAUCGAUGCAGCACCGGUGGCAAGCUUCAUCUGGGUGCAUACGUUCCCAUUGAAGGUAUACGGUCCACUGGUUCUACCUCUCCUGGCCGUUUACAUCGUCACAACUAUGGAGACCAUUGGAGAUGUCACCGCCACUUGCGAUGUUUCCCGCCUGCAAGUAGAUGGUGCACUGUUCGACAGUCGCAUUCAGGGAGGUGUGUUGGCGGACGGACUCAACGGUAUCCUGGCCGGUCUUUGCACCAUCACGCCCAUGUCGACUUUCGCCCAGAACAACGGUGUCAUUGCGCUCACACGGUGCGCGAAUCGAAAGGCUGGAUAUGCCUGUUGCAUCUGGCUCAUAAUUAUGGGCGUCUUCGCAAAAUUCGCGGCGGCUUUGGUCAGCAUCCCAAGUGCUGUCCUAGGUGGAAUGACAACCUUCCUCUUCGCUGCGGUAGCAAGCUCCGGUAUCCGCAUCAUCUCGACCAUGCCCUUCACCCGCCGCAACAGAUUCAUCCUGACCGCCUCUCUGGCCGUCGGUCUCGGCGCCACUCUCGUCCCCACCUGGUUCAACUACGUCUUCACCUACAGCGGCGACAACCACGCUCUGAUCGGCUUCUUCAACGCCAUCGAGCUGGUCAUGGAGACGGGAUUCGCCGUUACGGGUGUAUUGGCUCUCAUCCUCAACUUGAUCUUGCCUGAGGAGGAUGAGGAUGAAGAUGUCCCUGAAUUGACUGCGAAUACGGCUGAUGAUAACGAUGAUCGGGAGGAGUGGGAUCGCAUCAAUGUUUCGAAGGUUGCGAAGGAUGAUGAGAAUGUGAGGGGUUGA